UUGCACUGCACUGAAUAACCAUCUCUCUACAUACUCUCUCUUCUUUGAUUCUUUGGCUCUUUCUUUCUUUCUUUCUUUGUUCUUUUUCUUGUUCUUGUUAGUUAGAUAUCUAUAGAUUAUAGAUAAAUAUAGCGAUGAAGCAAGAUGUGGAAAAGGGUGAAAAGGAAGAGCUGAUACAACCACUCAUAGAGCAACAGAACAUUGUUGCUUGUAAGGAAGAUGGGAGUCACAAGAAUGAGAACAGAGGAACCAUAGGAAUGGUUUUACUUAGUACAUUUGUUGCAGUCUGCGGCUCCUUUGAGUUUGGGUCCUGUGUGGGCUAUUCGGCGCCCACUCAAUCUGCUAUCCGGAACGAUCUUCAUCUAUCUAUAUCUGAGUAUUCAUUGUUUGGCUCCGUACUGACAAUCGGUGCAAUGGCUGGGGCAGUUACAAGUGGUCGCAUUGCAGACUUCAUUGGUCGUAAAGAGGCAAUGAGAAUGUCAGCUACUUUCUGCAUUACAGGAUGGCUUGCCGUUUAUUUCUCCAAGGGAGCUCUACCACUUGACACUGGAAGGGUUUUCACAGGAUAUGGAAUUGGAGUUUUCUCGUAUGUGGUGCCAGUCUACAUAGCUGAAAUAACUCCCAAGAAUCUCCGUGGAGGGCUGACGACAGUGAAUCAGCUCAUGAUUGUUACCGGAUCAUCAGUUGCCUUCCUAAUAGGGACAAUUGUAACAUGGCGAACACUGGCUCUAACUGGACUUAUUCCAUGCAUUUUCCUGCUCUUGGGUCUCUUCUUUAUUCCUGAGUCCCCCAGAUGGCUGGCAAAGGUUGGCCGCAAGAGAGAGUUUGAAAUUGCGCUGCAGAAACUUCGUGGCAAGGAUGCUGAUGUUUCUGAUGAAGCUGCAGAAAUUCAAGAUUAUAUAGAGACACUUCAACUUUUGCCGAAAGCUAAAAUGGUGGAUUUGUUUGAGAGGAGAUAUAUACGUCCAGUCAUUGUUGGAGUUGGACUAAUGGUGUUCCAGCAAUUAGGAGGUAUAAAUGGAAUAGGUUUUUAUGCAAGCGAAACAUUUGUAGAAGCUGGUUCAUCAGGAAAAGUUGGAACCAUAGCCUAUGCUUGUCUUCAGGUCCCUAUAACUAUUGUGGGUGCAUUCUUAAUGGAUAAGUCUGGAAGGAGACCACUUCUAAUUGUUUCGGCAACAGGGACAUUUCUAGGCUGCUUUUUGACAGGAAUUUCCUUCUAUCUCAAGGGCCACCAAUUGUUACAUGCAUGGGUCCCAAUGCUAGCUGUGUCUGGAGUAUUGAUCUAUAUAGGUUCAUUCUCAAUUGGAAUGGGAGCAGUUCCCUGGGUUAUGAUGUCUGAGAUAUUUCCAAUAAACAUCAAAGGAGCUGCUGGAAGCUUGGUGACUUUGGUGAACUGGCUUGGUGCUUGGGCAGUUUCCUACACUUUCAACCUUCUAAUGAACUUGAGCUCCUCAGGUACAUUUUUAUUCUAUGCUGGAUUUUGUGCAUUAACCGUUCUGUUCGUAGCAAAGGUUGUACCAGAAACCAAGGGAAGAACUUUGGAAGAAAUCCAAGCCUCCAUGAAUACAUGAAGAUAGGAAAAAAAUAUUAGAGUUGAAUGAAUACAUCAAAAUUGUUUAAUGUAGGUCAAUAACACUUGUGUAGUGUGAAAAGUUUCUCCCAUCCCCAUGGAAUUGGAGUAAUGUGCAUUCUUUCAAAAAAACAAAUAAAAAGAGCCUGAUGGAAAAUUCUUUAUUUGGUGAA